UGCGCAGGGCUGUGCCGGGUGGCGUGUGUGUCUCUCUCGUGAUCUUCUUCUCUUGAAGCGUAGAUCACCCUGAAUGAACGACUUGUGCGCGGAUAAAGCUGCGACAUGAGAACAGAGCCUUCUGCAAUCCUGCUGUAGCAAUUGAGAAGGUGAAAAGUUUCAAUUUGAAAAGCAGCUGUGAUCAUGAAACAAAACAGGCGCGGCCGUGGCGCCCACGGCGGCAGCAGCAGCGUCGUCGUCCCCGGCUACUUCGGCGAGGUACGGAUGCUGUUGCAGCUGGCGACGGCCUUUUUCCUUGCUCAGGUGGCGAGAUCCUUCGUUGCAGAAGUUCCGGGAAUGUGGCCACGUCGUUCAAGUACCUGCACCAGAGGCAGCACCACCAGCGCCUGCCCUUGCGACAACCGCCAGGCGAGCAGAAAGGUCAGGUGGAGCCUUGAGGCCGUUUACGGCGUCCAGCACGAGCGUAGUGGCAGCAGCAACAGUACCAAGCGUCCAUGGUCAUCCCGGGGAGUAGGAACGAGGUUGUGGGUCGCCGGCAAAGAGCAGAGGCAGGGCGUUGCUGCUGCAAGCGCAAGAAGCACCAUUGCGGAUAACACCACACGAGCGACAGGAUCAACCAGCAGCAGCAGCAGCAGCAGCAGCAGCAGCAGCAGCAGCAGCAGCAGCGACGAGGUGAAGCCGCCCGUGCUGCCGGUGGUCGGAGACAUCACGCGAGUCAACAUGGACGCGUUGCGAGUGCGGUCUCUCUCUGGGGAGGGCGAUGAGGAAACCUCCGGUAGCUUCGUCGACCUAUUUCGGGGCUGCGCGCCGUACAUUCGGGCUCACCUCGGGGCAAUAAUGGUGAUCCACAUGGGCGGUGAGGUGGUCGAGGAUCCCAACUUUACGAGCAUCAUGGACGAUUUGGGGCUGCUGAGGCUGUUGGGGGCGAGGCUCGUCAUCGUCACAGGGGCACGACCGCAGAUGUCCACGCUGCUGCAGCAAGCCGGCAUCAAGGAGGAGUUCAGAGAUAACCUACGGGUCACAAGCAAGGAGGCCUUGAAGGUUAUCAAAGCCGCCGCCGGCUUUGUCCGCAUCGAGGUGGAGAGCGCUCUCAGCCGGGGGGCACGAGGAGGCACCGCGGGCGACUUUCACGUGGCGGGGGGUAACUUCUUCUCGGCACAGCCAGUGGGGGUAAGGGAUGGGGUGGAUUAUGGAUGCACCGGGGAGGUGCGCAAGGUGGAAGCUGACAGGAUCAGGGCCCAGCUGAACGAAGGGGGGGUGGUUCACUUGUCGUGCAUAGGCUACAGCGGGAGUGGGGAGGUGUUCAACGUCAACACCGUCGACCUUGCUGCCAAGUGCGCGGCCUCAGUCGGCGCGAGCAAGCUCAUCUACAUCGCCGAUGGCUACCUCGAAGACGCGACGACAGGCGAGAUCAUCAAGAGCAUGCGCCUGAGUGAAGCGAGGUCGUUGCUCUCCCGCUACGAAAAAAAAAAGAGCAAUAAUGGGAAAGCUGUUGCUGCCGGCAGCGGCGCCGGCGCUGUGGCCGCCGUCGAUCUUGACAAGGACUUGCCGCCGGCGGAAGUGGAGAUGGCCGACGGAGUUUCUGCGGAUAAAGAGGCGGCGGUGGGGCGGGGCGGUGCUAGAGAUGUGCACGGAGUGGAGCAGCGGUUGAUGAGACUCACUGAGAGGGCCGUUAUGGCGCUGACCCAGGGCGUGUCGAGAGCGCACGUUGUUCCCCCCACAUCGGGGGCGCUUCUGCAGGAGCUGUACACCAGGGAUGGCGCCGGCCUCCUUAUCUCGAGAGACAUCUACGACGGCAUCCGGCCCGCCAAUCCUAUGGACAUUCCAGGAAUAAGGGAGAUAAUCGUUCCGUUGGAGAAAAAAGGGAUUCUGGUGCCGAGGACGCCAGAGCAACUAGAGGCCGACAUCAAUGAAUUCUUCGUCAUCACCAGGGAUGAAACUGUCCUUGGAGUUGCGUUUUUCAAGCGGUACGGGCAGGAUCACGCCGAGGUGGGCUGUCUCGCCAUUCACCGCGACUACCGGAAGCGGGGAUGGGGCGAGGCGAUGCUGAGUUACCUGGAGCGCGUGGCCCUAGCCUCCUCCGUGCAGCACUUGUUCGUUCUGUCUACGGUGACGAUGCAGUGGUUCGUGGAGCGCGGCUUUCGCGAAUCGCAAGUGUCAGACCUUCCCCCGGAACGCCGAGAGUCAUACAACUGGGAACGGAUGAGCAAGAUCUACCACAAGACGCUCGGCGGGGGGGUGCGUGCGGUAGACGCGGAAGAGCUGCUGUGGGAUGUGCGCGGCAUGAUCUAGCUCGACCCUAGUGACCAGUGCGCGACCGAUGAUGUCCCCGGCAUUUUUUUUUUGUGCUGGCUGGUGAGGGACUUGUUCGCGGAGGAAUUAAGCGCUACAUUUUCUGUGACCUCGUCAGACAACGCCGGAAAACGUGUGCAUGGUCGUUGCGGUACAUUUUACGUGGCACGUUUCGUUCAAGUGGUACCUUCCACAAGAGUGUCGAAUUUCGACCACAAGGCGAAGGAGAACGUGCCGAGAAAGGGACCAAAUGCAGUGAAUGGCACAAGUCUGUGUUGUGUUGUUGUUGCAUCGAAGGCUCGAUGAGCCAGCGCGAGACGGGCAUGCUUUUCUCUUGUUCGCCCCUUUGUUGGUCUUGGCAGCGUCUUGUCAAGUCUUGGGGGCCGGUGGUUUCAGGAAGCUUAGCUGUGAUGCCAGACCCGAUCGCCUUCUGAAUGCUGCUUGCCUCCACGUUUGGGGGAGAGGUUGAGAAAACCCGAUGCAGCGGCCGCGGUCGGUUGAGUCCUGGUCGGUUGUCAGCAAGCUUGGUACAACAGGGUUAGGUUUGAUGGUGUUGAUAUUAGUCGUCGUCGGCGCCUCUGUUGUGAGAAGAAAACUAUUUUUGGAAGCAAAUAAGCACAUGUUGUCCUCUUGUUGAUCGUGGAUGCUUUUCAGAACGGAAAGAGAUUAUCACAUGUUUGAUUUAGUGGUUGUUUCGGAAAAAGAACUAUAUGGUACUUUUUUGCGGGAUUUGAAGCCUGCAACCGAUGAUGGCGAACGUGAAAGUACGUGGUGGCCACCUCUCACGCGAAGAAAGAAAGCUUUCUAUGGAAGCUUGGAAACACAUGCGUCUCCGUUCUUAUCGCCCAUGGCAGAGGUGUGGAUUCUGAAUGUGUCAAUGUUUGUUACAGCAGUGUUCGUUCCGCAAGAAAACUAGGCGUUGAAAAGCGAUAUCGUGGAGUACAACCGGUGCUAGUGAGCGUAAAGGUGGGACAGUAGGUCGUUCACCCUUCUAAGGACGUACGGGGAGACGUUUGCGCGUGGGAGUAGGGGCUGAUGACGCAAAGUGUUUCGCGCGGCCGUGAUUGUUGUGUCGUUGUCGCGAGCACAGGGGCGCUAACUCUGCGGCACUGAACAUGUGUUCGCGUGGGUGUGCUGUUUUUGUAAAACCGGCGUAGCUGCUUUUUUUUUUUUUUCCUCCCAU